CGAAAUCAAUGUGUGCUACUCAGAGUGGUGCGGUGCUGGUGAGCGAGGAGAAAGUAGAAAUUAGUAUUAGCUCGAGUGUUGACUGAAUACGGUCGUUGGUGCGUUAUUAUGUCGAUGGCGGCGCAGAUUGUGGCGAGAAAAUCUCUACAGAGUGCACGUAUUGUGGUUGUAGGUGCGGGGCCAUCGGGUAUCGCCGCAGCGACGAAGCUUAUUGAGGCUGGAUUCCGCAAUGUUGUGAUACUGGAGGCAGAGAAUCGAAUCGGCGGCCGCGUUUACACGGUGCCGUUCGCCGACAACGUUGUGGAUUUGGGGGCCCAGUGGUGCCAUGGAGAGAAGAAUAAUGCCAUUUACGAGACUCUGCAGCAGAACGGACUAGACCUGGUGGAGAGUACGGGCAGAGUGUACGACGAUUAUAAGUGUAUACGCUCGAACAAAGAGGUCGUUGGUGACGAUGUGGCGGAAAGUCUAAAAUCCAUUGCAUUCAACUCAAUACCAGAGAGACAAGAAGGUCUGGUGGACUACGAGGGUUCGCUGGGGGCGUAUUUGACAGAAAAAUAUUGGAAUGAAGUUGACAAGCUGGGGCCCAAUGUCGACCGAGUUGUGGCCAAAGAGUUUUUUGAGAAUUUCAAAAAGUUUGAGAGUUCCGUGGAGGCUUCUGAUCAUUUGUUCGAGGUGUCCGGCAGAGGCCAUCUAGAGUAUUGGAUAUGCGAGGGCGAUCUGUUGCUUAAUUGGAGGAACAAAGGCUUCAGGACAUUCUUGGAGGUACUUUUGAAAUCGAGUGUCGAAUCGCCUUUGGGCCUACUCGAUGCUAGAGUUCUUCUUAAUCAAAGAGUUGUACAGAUUGAUUGGUCAAACGGACAAAACAUCAAGGUCAAGUGCUCGAAUGGAACCAUUGUGGCGGCCGACCAUGUCAUCUGUACUACUUCGCUAGGGGUUUUGAAAGAAACACAUGCCAGCAUGUUUAAGCCAUCAUUGCCUUCCUCCAAGAUAAGGGCCAUAGAAGGUCUGAAGCUCGGAACUGUGGACAAGUUCUUUGUCGAAUUCAAGGAACCAUUUGGCCCUUCGGAAUGGACUGGAAUGUGUUUUUUGUGGCUGGAAGAUGAUUUGAAGAGGCUCCGAGAUUCCAAUUUGUUCUGGCUCGAAAGUGUGUUUGGAUUUUACCGUGUCUCUUACCAACCUCGUGUGUUGCAGGGAUGGAUAAUUGGGCCUCAUGCUCGACACAUGGAGACUCUGACAGAAGACGAGGUUCUUGAGGGCAUCCUGUGGUUACUUCGAAAGUUCUUAACUUUUAAUGUGCCCGAUCCAGUCCACUUUAAGCGCACUCAGUGGUAUUCCAAUGUAAACUUCAGAGGAAGUUAUACCUUUCGCACCCUUUUAGCAGAUGAGCUCCGGACGGGUGCCUGGGAUUUGGCGACGCCGUUAACGGAUGACAAGGGCCAGCCGUUACUUCAAUUCGCCGGUGAAGCGACACACAAUCAUUACUACUCGACAGUUCAUGGUGCCGUUGAGUCAGGUUGGCGUGAAGCCCAGCGUCUGAUUGAAUUCUACAAAACUAUACCAUCUCGUCUCUAGGUCUAGACCAUUGCCCAACUGCCUGCCUGAGGUAAAGCUGUUUUUCACUGUAUUUUAUGGCAUGUGUUUGGCUACUUGCUGUUCUAGAAUAAUUUCCUGUUUUUUAAUUGGUUAUUAUUGUCAAGUUCCAAUAAAACAUUACCCGCUCCAGUUUUAA